UCAACAACUCACCGCCGCCGAGAGUCGAUGCCAGGGAAUGGAUCCGCAAACUUUCACUGGGAACCUCUGGGAAAGAGCUGCCCCGUAAAGUGAAGACGACGGACAUACGCGGCUCUCGGGGAAGGCAGGCUGGUUUCCUUCAACAUGUACUGAGCUUCUAAAGGUGGAAGACACCAGACUGGGUACUCAGACUCGAGAGCAAAGGAGGAGGGGCGGGUUUUCAGCGCCGCAGCCAUGGAUCUCAGCGUUGUCAACGGGUCCUGGAACGAUUCCAGCCCCUGGAACGGCACGGAGCUGCUGGACACCAAGUUCCUCCAGCCCAAGUGGCUCAUCGUCCUCUGGGCUCUUGCCUACUCCAUCAUCGUGGCGGUGGCAGUGUGCGGCAACCUGGUGGUCAUGUGGAUUAUCCUGGCCCACAAGAGGAUGAGGACGGUCACCAACUACUUAUUGGUCAACCUGGCGUUCGCGGAGGCCUCCAUGGCCGCUUUCAACACGGUCAUCAACUUUAUCUACAGUAUCCACAACGACUGGUACUUCGGCGCCGGCUACUGCCGCUUUCAGAACUUCUUCCCCAUCACCGCCACGUUCGCCAGCAUCUACUCCAUGACCGCCAUCGCCAUAGACAGGUACAUGGCUAUCAUUCACCCGCUGAAACCAAGAUUGUCAGCAACUGCAACUAAAGUCGUCAUUGGAGUCAUCUGGGUGGUGGCACUGUCCCUUGCCUUUCCACAGUGCUACUAUUCCAAGACAGAACAGUUCCCAGGCAGGAUCGUGUGUUAUGUGGAGUGGCCGGAGAAUGAAGGGGAGAGCAUGACACAUGAAGCGACGUAUCACGUCUGUGUGAUAGCCCUCGUCUACUUCCUGCCCCUGAUGGUGAUGGGGUUUGCAUACACAGUUGUGGGCAUGACGCUGUGGGCCAGUGAGAUUCCAGGGGAUUCCUCGGACAGAUACAGGGAGCAGAUGAAUGCUAAGAGGAGGGUGGUGAAGAUGAUGAUCGUGGUUGUGACCACCUUCGCUGUGUGCUGGCUGCCCUUUCACAUCUACUUCCUGCUCUCCCUCUUCCACCCUGAGAUCUACCAGGAGAAGUACAUCCAGCAAGUGUACCUGGCCAUCUUCUGGCUUGCCAUGAGUUCCACAAUGUACAACCCCAUCAUCUACUGCUGUCUCAAUGACCGGUUCCGUGCUGGCUUCCGCCGUGCUUUUCGUUGGUGUCCGUUCGUCAAAGUCACUGAAUACGAGGGUCUGGAGAUGAAAUCUACCAGGUAUUUUCAUACCCAGAGCAGCAUGUACAAGGUUAGCCGUAUGGAGACCACCGUAUCCACAGUGAUCAACCAAAACGAUGAUGAUGCUGAUGAGACCGGCAAGGCGAUACAUUUGCCUCUGGACGUCACCUCCAAUGGGUCUGCACAUAGCUUAUCAAAGGCUGGUUCUGACUCUACCAGCAUCUACUAAAGUGGUCAGUUCAAGCACA